AUGGUUGUUGUGCACCGAUGCCUCCUGGUGAGAUCCUGGCUGCUGCAGGUGAUUCUGCUCCACACCGCUUGUGAAAUGGGGAGUGGGCAGCUCCAUUAUUCUGUUCCAGAAGAAUCCCAGCAUGGCGCCUUCGUGGGCCACAUUGCCCAGGACCUGGGACUAGAGGUGGGUGAACUCAUGCCUCGGAUGUUCCGGAUGGUGUCCCAAGGCCGCAGAGACUAUUUUGAAGUAAACCUGCAGAAUGGGAUUUUAUUUGUUAAUUCCCGGAUAGACCGGGAGGAGCUAUGCGCCAAGAUGCCGGUAUGCACCAUUCACCUGGAAGUGAUCCUGGAUAAACCCCUGAGAGUCUUCCAUGUGGAAGUGGAGAUCAAGGACAUAAAUGACAAUGCGCCCCUAUUCCCGGCAGCUGAGCAAAAUCUGGUUAUUGCAGAGUCUAGACCUCCAGGCUCAUCCUUCCCACUAGAGGGAGCCUCUGAUGACGACAUUGGUUCAAACUCUCACAUCAGCUACAAAAUCAGUCCAAAUGAACAUUUCACCUUGGAUUAUCAAAACAGCAAGGAACCCGGUGAGUCUUUAGUUAUUGUAUUAAGGAAACCUCUUGACAGAGAGCUAACUCAUGUGUAUAAUUUAUUACUAACAGCCACUGAUGGGGGCAAACCAGAGCAAACUGGCACUGCUCAUCUGGUGAUCAAUGUGCUGGAUGUAAAUGACAAUGCACCCAUUUUUAAUCAGUCUGUGUAUAAAAUAAAACUUUUGGAAAAUGCAAAAAUAGGAGCAGUAAUUGUUAGUCUCAAUGCAACAGAUCUUGAUGAAGGAAUUAACAAAGAUAUCACAUAUUCAAUACGAAGUGUAAAUCCAAACAAUUUAGGAACAUUGAUUAAUUUAGAUCCAAGUAAUGGACAAAUGAGAUUAAAUGGAGAACUUGAUUUUGAAAGCAUUAAAUUGGGUGAAAUUGGAGUAGAAGCAACUGACAAAGGCAUCCCACCAAUGAAAGGACACUGCAAAGUUCUGAUUGAGGUUUUGGAUGUGAAUGACAAUGCUCCUGAAGUGACUGUGUCGUCCUUGUCAGUGCCUGUGCCUGAGAACUCUCCACCGGGGACAGUGGUGGCCCUCAUCAGUAUCUCAGACAGGGACUCUGGGGCCAAUGGGCAAGUGACCUGUUCAAUGUGGCCCUCUGGGCUCCCUUUCAAGCUGACAUCCACCUUCAAGAAUUACUACUCACUCGUACUGGCUAAGCCACUGGACCGGGAGCAGGUGGCUGAGUAUAGUUUGGUGGUGUUUGCCCAAGACCAAGGGGACCCUCCACUGUCAGCCAGCAGCAGCCUGGUGGUGCCAAUCAGUGAUGUGAAUGACAACGCACCCACUUUUGCACAACCCUCCUAUACUGUUUUCGUGAAGGAGAACAACCCACCUGGUGCUCACAUCUUCACGGUGUCUGCCUCGGACCCAGAUGUGGCGGAGAAUGCCUUGGUCAGCUACUGGCUGGAUGAGAAGCUCUGGCCGCUGUCGAGCUACAUCUCGGUGCAUUCGGAGAGUGGGAAGCUGUAUGCCCUGCAGCCCUUGGAUUACGAGGAGGUGAAGCUGCUGGAGUUCCGGGUGAGGGCCAAGGAUGCUGGGCUGCCCUCCCUGUGUGGCAACGUGACCGUCCAGGUCUUUGUGUUGGAUGAGAAUGACAAUGCACCUGCAGUGUCUGGUCCAGCAGAGGAUACCCCCAGUCUGCUGAAGGUUCCAGUGGCAGCUGGGUAUGUGGUGGGCAAGAUCCAUGCCCUGGACGCUGACUCUGGCUACAAUGCCUGGCUUCGCUACGAGUUGUAUGAUGCAACCAGCAGCCCCUGGCGGGUGGGGCUUUACAGUGGUGAGAUCAGUACUGCACGUGCUCUGGAGGAGGCAGAGGGCAGCAACAUCCAGAGUCUGCUGGUUCUGGUGAAGGAUCAUGGCAAGAUGGUACUGUCAACUACAGCCACCUUCAGUGUGUCACUGGUGGCCAGCGCCCAGGCUGCCCAGACUGAUGCCCGCCUCUCUAGGAUGGGAGGGAGUGCAAAGCCCCUGGCAGACACUGCUAAUCUCUACCUGAUCAUUGCCAUCUGCUCAGUGUCCAGCUUGUUCCUGCUGGUGAUCCUCGUGUAUGUGGCACUGCGAUGCCAGAGCCAGGCCAAGGAGGCAAUGAUGUAUGGUCCUGGCACAGCCACGCUGGUGUGUGCCAGUGAAGUGGGCAGCUGGUCGUAUUCCAAUCGCCACAGCCACAUCCUGGCAGGGGUGAGUGGGGAGCCUGGUGCCAAAAAUGACCUCAUGGUGUUCAGCCCCAACAUUCCUGUCUUGACUGGGAGUGGGAAGGAGCUGGUCCCGAAUGCUGCUGGGCAGAUUCUGCGGGGCGGGGGAGGGGAGACCCCUACGAAGCAGGAGGAGAGACGGGGAGGGAUGUCGGCUCAGGCUCCCCUUGGCUUCGCGGUCGCCGCCCCUCCAAGCGAAGGUUCCCCGCAUGCGGCGUCUCCGGCCGUUUGCUCCCGCGGGGAUUUGGCUUCGGAAGCUUCGCGUUGCUGUGGCCGGGAGCGCGAGAGAUCCGUCCGGCCAGGGCAGCCUGCGGGAGAGGCAGCGACGGGUGGCUAUAGUGGAUCGGCGGCGUCCGGGGAGACCUGCAGCUUCUCCACCCAGAGCUGUCGGGUCGGUCGGCGCGGAGACUCCCGAAGGCGGAAAGGGACCCGCGGCGGCUGUGCGGAAAGGAGCUGCGGGCCGGCCGCUGGAGGAGCUGGGACUCGCCGCCCCGAAGCCACUUCUUCCCGCACAGCCCAGUCCGGCGGAGCGCGACGAGCUGGAGGACUGUUCUCAAAGGGGGCGUGGUCUUGA